CACGCUUCGUGCUUGUUCCGUUGCAAGAUCGACGAUCGUUCUGUAUAUUAACCGACAAGGCAUCCGCAGGCACCAGUAGCACACUUUUCUUGCAAGACGCGAGAUCGAGAUAAGUACAUACAAGAUCACUUCUGGUUCCUCCAUACAAGGAUACUAUAGAUUUAGAUACUCUGGUAGAGGCAGAAAGAGAAACAAGAUGGACAACAGAUGAUCCCAACAUCAUGGCAAGCUUGAUGAUGAUGAUCGCCGCCAAGCUCGUGGGGCUCCAAAAGUAGUCAGGCGCGAAUAGGAACCCAACCAUAGCAAACGCAACCAUUUACAACAAUCGAAAAAAGUAUUAGAGUAAGAUAAAGGAGGUAUUCAGAGUUUUUUCCAUUGCAUCGAAGUGUAGGGCCACAGUUUCAGUUAUUAUUCGCAUUUUGAAGUAUCAACAUCAAGCCACCGAAAAAGCGAGCGUCUUCGUCUACCGAUCGAGUCUAUGCUUCUUUCGAGAGGUCCGUAACCACGACAACAACUAUCACCUUGAGACAGAGGCCUUGGGGGUUUUCGCGACACAAGCGCUGGCGAUUGCGUGCGUUGAUGACAUCAAAACCGAGUGGGGUAUCACAUUUGGUGAGAUUUUGGGGGUCACCGAUCCCCCGCCAGACGAUCCGUAUAGCGUACCGGAAGACAACCGUAAGAAGCCCUUCGAUGGCAAACCAUUGGUCGUGACUGAGGCACUCGGAGAGGAUGACAGUGAAGCGCUACUCCUUAAGGAAGUCCCGUACAACGCAGCAAGGCCAACUUCAAGUGACACAACGGCGAAAGCCGCGUCGACGAAACGCCAAAAAACAAGUACUGACUUUAUCACAGUGCACGUGCAGGCCGCCGCAUCAUAGUACGUGUUGCUUUGUCUGAGGUAUUUGCUGCACUUCACUUCCAUCGAGUUGCAGCAGCAUUAUAGUCCUCCAAAUUAUUUGGAUUGUCAUUGUGUGACCUUUAUUUUAACUCCUAGAAAAUGAAGCAUAUUAAGAGAAACCCACUGCGACUGCAAAAAGUGUACUCGUACUGUGCCUAAUUUAUUUAGAUAAUACAUGAUAGAUUGAUUGUUGAUAGCAUAGAAAACCCAUCAUCAUGGCGGAUGCAUGCAGGUGGAGCGCGCUUGCUCUCUGAAAUAUUUCAGAAUCUUCAUCUUUCUCUCUGUCUUUACAAAGCUCCGUGUCCUCGGUUGCGAAAGGAAAUGUAAAGGCCACCAGCUUUUCAUCGUCGAAAGCUCCUCGUCCUGUAGCGGUAAAAGCAAAGGCGAAAGCAGGCGCAAAAUCGUCGUCAGCUUCAUCUUCUACCCAAACGCUUUACUAUCUCCGUUUCCAUACCAUUUGGUCAAAGUGGGGAAAGGGCAGCGAGAAGGACCACAAGAAGUUGUGACCUUACAAGACGAAAUUAGCGGCCGUGACGGCCGCGGUCAAGACCAUCGAGGAUGCGAUGGGUGGCUCCAAGUUCGGGAGGGAAAUCGGAGGAGACAUUAUCGUAGUCGACAAUCGGAAGAAUCCGCCCGAUAAUGGAGCGCUCCUUCAGGUCGAGGACCACGGAGACUACCAGACGCACUUUGUGGAUAUUGAAUCUAAGAAGCCUUCACACUCGGAGUCGAAGGAAGUUGAAUUUCUCUCGGAAGAAGUAGAUCAAGAUAUCUUCUACCUGAUCAUUUUAUUGAACGAAGAGCAACACGAAGACGGCUGAAAACAUUUGCGGGAGAGUAGCUCACAGACACAAUGAUAAGCAGAAAGGGGUUUCGACGAAGCGCCAAACUCGUAGCAAGCGAGGAGAUGUGAUCUUCUUUUCUUUGAAUUUCGAACGCACGAUGUUGAUGACGUCG